ACACACACACACACACACACAAUGGGUAAACCCACACAAAUGAGAUCCCCUCUUCAGAGAAGCCAGCUACAGGAAAUUGACUUAUACACAGGAACUUGCUAAUCUCUAUCGUCACAUUCCGAUUGUUCCUGCCACCUCAGUCACCGCGCACAUGAAACCCGACUGUCUGGGGUUGGAUUCUCUACCAGCUCAACUUUUACAUUUUUGUUCUUCCAAUGCGAAUCAGUUAUAUUCUUGGGGAGGAAGGAAACGAUGAUCCCAGAAGGAAAUCGGAAUGGUGAAAGGGCUCGGACAGAUUUUUUUUCUUCUUACCUGCCCUGAACAGAUUAACUUCCGGAGUCAGUCAUUUUGGUGUCAAGAAAUUUCUUCGGCAUCUACAACAGGUGACUUGGAGGCGGUUGAUCUAUAGAUGAGCAUCUGAGAGCCAUUAAUCCAGAACUCUUCGAACGGGGCCCCAAGCACCAAGAUGUUCCCAAAGUGGCUGGGAUCCAUUAGAAACUGAAGCUAUUGUCUGCGCCUUCCCCACCUCGUGGACCAGAAGCCAACAGAGAGCUGUUUGAAAGCGAGCAUUCACACAUCAGCUGGUUGCAGUUGAAGGCUGGCCUUUGGAGGUUUUCCAUGUAGAGCAUACAUCUCCCUCGGAUGGACGGGGAGAAUUGCUGUCCGAGGUCCUGAGAACACGACCCACUCCACACCCCUGGAUUUCAUUCGCUGCAUUGAAUGGCCUUUGCUUCAGCAGCCCACUGAGGGCCCUUUCCCUUGGGGUUCUGAACUUGUAACUAGGACUCCAGGCUGGGAAGAUGCUGAGUUCCAUCAAGUGUGUGUUGGUGGGAGAUUCAGCUGUGGGGAAAACCUCCCUCCUGGUGCGCUUCACUUCAGAGACCUUCCCUGAGGCCUACAAGCCCACAGUGUAUGAGAACACAGGUGUGGACGUCUUCAUGGAUGGCAUCCAGAUCAGCCUGGGCCUCUGGGACACAGCGGGUAAUGAUGCCUUCCGAAGCAUCCGCCCCCUGUCCUACCAGCAGGCCGAUGUGGUGCUGAUGUGCUACUCUGUGGCCAACCAUAACUCUUUCUUGAACCUCAAGAACAAGUGGAUUGCUGAAAUCAGGAGCAACUUGCCCUGUACCCCCGUGCUGGUGGUGGCCACCCAGACGGACCAGCGGGAGAUGGGACCGCACAGGGCCUCCUGCAUCAAUGCCAUAGAUGGAAAAAAACUGGCCCAGGAAGUGAGAGCAAAGGGCUACCUGGAGUGCUCAGCCCUCAGCAACCGGGGGGUUCAGCAGGUAUUCGAGUGCGCUGUCCGGACUGCUGUCAACCAAGCCAGGAGACGCAACAGAAGGAGGUUCUUCUCCAUUAACGAGUGCAAGAUUUUCUAGCCUCCCAGAGACUCUGUCCGCACUCAUUUGCUCCCUGCAAAGACUCACAGGGACAGGGAGAGCAGGCAAGCCAACAAGGACUGAUGAUCUUUCUAGGUACGUCUGUCACAGCACUUCCCUUAGGAUGCUGUCACUGAUGGGACUUGGCCACUAGCUGUUUUUAUGAAAUAUACUCUACAAAUGAAAACCUCUUGCCCCGUCCCGUUGGAAGGUUCUAUAAUGAAGAUUUCCACUUUCGAUUAAAAAAAACAAAGUAGUCUCCAUCAUUUUGGACAAUGAAGUGAGUUUUUCCAAGAAUUCCAUAUUUAAAGAUGCAUUUUAUUUAAAUGAUAACAUAGUGUAUAGCUCUUGUAUACAAUUAGUUUUUACAUUUGGGAAGUCUUUCCCUAGACGGUCCCAAACACGGACUGCUGUAUGAGGGAUACAACUCUCUGGGGUUCUGCCAAAGGCUUGUAGUGUUUUCCCCUAAAGUAGUGAUUUUCUGGAGACCACUUGCCCGCUAGGUAUUACCAGGUAAUCAGAUUUUAAAAUGACCAUGGCCGGAUCCUUGCAUUUACUCUCUCAUCUACCUGUUAUUCAGAGUUGUAUAUAAGAUACAGUUCAAGAACAUACAAUUCUUCAAUGCUACCUGAUUAAAAAUUGAAAUUUUAAACAUCUGUCACUAGAUUGCUCUACAAUU